CUGACAACUAAAGAACUAAACUGUCAUUGUCGAACGGAAUUGUUGUUAAUGUUAACCUAUUGCUAUUCGCCGCGAAUGUACCAAUUGCGCAUUUUGAAAUUUUAAUACACAUCUCAUAAGAAUUAGAGCCUUGUAAGAUAUAUACAUUGUCUAAUAAAUACUUUACAUCGUAUACACAAUCAGUGAGAGUUUGCAGUUGUUUUAAAAUACAUCAAAUAAAACUAGUGUCACCAUGUCUGCAACAAAAAUUACCGAGCUGCGCAGUGAUAUUGAUGAAUUAAACCAAUUACUUAAACAAGCAAAACGCAAGAAAGUUCAGGAUAUUCUCUCGUUGGAGAUACGCAAACUCGAAACUGAAUUAAUCUCUUUAAAAGAAAGUGACAAGGACGAGAAUGCUAUGGAUGUAACACCUACACCUACUACAUCGUCACAAUCACAAAAGAGAUAUCAGAUAAAAUUAAAUGGAUAUGGAUGGGAUCAAUCAGAUAAAUAUGUCAAAGUAUUUGUUACACUCAAAAAUGUGCAUAAUAUACCCAAGGAACAGGUCUACUGUAAGCUGACUGACAAAUCGAUGGAGUUACAUGUUGAUAAUCUGGAAAACAAAGAUUAUUUGCUUGUUAUUAACAAACUGCUUCAUACCAUUAAUGUUGGAGAAAGUCAUUGGAAACAGAAAACAGAUAUGGUGGUUAUUUUCCUGGCUAAAUCACAACAGAAUGUUAAGUGGUCACACAUGACUGAACUUGAAAAGAAAUUUGAAGACCAACGCAAUAACAGAUAUAAGCCUACAGAGUCUGAAAAGGCAGAUCCACAGGAGUCCAUAAUGAGUCUUAUGAGAAACAUGUAUGAAACUGGUGAUGAUGACAUGAAGAGAAUGAUUUCAAAAGCCUGGUAUGAAGGUCAGCAAAAAAAGAAAGAUACAUUAGAAAUGUAAUAAGUCUUAAUUUGAUUUACUUAGGUGUUAUUUAUAAGUUACUACACUUUAUACUAAUUUUUUCAAUACUGAACAAAUUAAACGCUUCACACUAAAUUGUAUAAUUUAGUGUGAAGCGUUUAAUUUUUAUAAGUUCAAGUAUACUGUACUAGCGUUAAUGUUAUAGGUGUUAUUAUGCAAUAAAAUACAUUUAUUUUAAA